UUUUAACUUCAGGAAAGUGAAGGGUGUUAGGACAGAUCCCGUUGACUGCUGCUCAACAAGGAUCCCCUCUUCGGUUGCUGGAUUUCUAACAGGGUAGCAAUGUGUGUGGCCUCCAGGGAGGAACUGAUCCGAGCUAGUCCUGGCAACCCUGGUAUUCUCCACUAGGUACAUGAAUACACUGGUUCCCAGCUUCUCAGUUCUGGCCACUGAGAUGUAAGAGAGUCUAAUGGGUUCUUCUGAGAAUUAUUUUAUUUCAUAAUAAAAAGAGACGAAGAGGGUCCCUCCCUCCCUCCCUGCUUGGAUGAGUACUUGAUGUUUAGUGAAGCAGGAGCCAUUCUGUGUUCAAGAAGGAGAGGCCAGGAGAAUCUGAAAGGCAACAACCCAGGCCCCUGUCACUGAACUGCUCAAGGACCCCUGGAACCUAAUUGUUUCAAGGUGGUUCUGUAAAUAGUAACUCUCUUUAUGGUGACUUUUCCCCAGUCAGGAAAGGCGGUUCCGGGCUUCAAGUCUUUCCAGUCAAACUGAAGUUGAACAGAAGGGGACUGCCUUGUGCUGAACCAAAGGACAGUACAGAUGUAAUAAGGCCGUUCAGCUCAGGACAUUCCCUGGAACGCUUUCUCCUGAGAGCUGACUGCUCUCAAAACAUAGGUAUUGGGAUAAUGGUUACACACGUGACUUCCGUCUUCUCCAGUUCACACAGUGAAGACACCAUUCAGAAAGUCUGUCAGUGUACUAACAUUUAUUAAAGACCUCGUGAGCCCCAGCUGCCACUAUGUGCUGGGCACUAAAGACAUAAGCUAGAGGCCCUGCCUUCUGGGAGAGAGACAUGAAAUAAAUAUUCCACCAGAAAGUAAUGACAGUUGGGAUCAGUGCUGCCUUAAGGGUGCCCUGAGCGUGAGGAACUGGGAUGCAGGGUGGGGAUGGCAGCAGUGACCAGAGGAGGCUCCCCCGAGCGAGGGGCAAGGAAACCAGUCACCCUCUUCCUGGUCUGCCUCGGGGUUCUUCAGGUGAGAAGCAAAGAGAGCAGGAGGGAUGGAGAGGACGAGAUACCAAGAAACGGAGGCAGAAGAAAUGAUGGAACUUGGUGAUGAAUCCACGCGGAAGCGAGAGGGGUUAGAGCCAAGGCCUCUCAGUGGCCGGAACCGAGAGCUGGGUGCGAGUGUUCAGGGAUCUGGCCCACAGGCCGCUGGCUUGGGCUGCCGGGUGGAUGGACGCACAUGCGCACACUCAUCAGUGUGGUCGACUGCAAAAGCGGACCUCUUCUCCUACCCCUCUCUGCAUCCCAGCCCUCUCAAAUGUGGCUCUGCGGCUCUCUCCACCAAGGAGUGGAGUGCACUUCCCGCCCCGGGAGUGUGGGCUGGCACCACGACUUGCUUUGGCCAAGAGAAGGCAGCAGGCGUGAUGGGUUCCUCCCAGAGCCCAGGUCUCGGGAGGCCUGCUAACACUUCCACUCACUCUUGGAACUCUGCCCAGCCACCAUGAUCCUGGCCCGCCUUCUGGGUGAGGAGAAACAGUGGCUCAGCCACUGCCUCUCCCACCACCGCAGCCGGCAGCCGGCCAGCUGCCUGAGGACACCAAUCUGGAGCCACCAGCCAGCCCCCACCCCCAUCGCCCCUAGCCCGCUGCCACCAGCUCUCUACGGAUGCAUGGAAGAAUGAAAGCCUGCGGCCAACACCAGCUGAGCCGGGCCUGGAUUAGGAUAGCCACUGCACUGACCUGCAGACUGGAUGGAGGGGGCCGCCAGGGCUACGCAGGCACAGCAGAGGCCGGAUCUCCAGGGCCCGGAGGCCGGAGCAGCGUAGGCCCCCGGCAGAGCGCGUCAAGCGGGUGCGUGCGCCGCGGUGACGGUGCCCUGGGCUCUCCGGCUCCGCCCCCUCCGCGCAGCUGCUGGAAGGGGCGGGAAGAGGAGGAGCCGGAGGCUGCCGCGGGGCCCCCAGCGCGCCCAGCCCUUUAAAAGCCGCCGGCCGGGCUCGCCGCACUGGCGGCCGAGGUCCCCGCGCACCGUAGCCCCGCGCUCGACCGCGCGCUUCAUGCGGCCGCCUACCAUGUCCGGACACUUUCUGCUCGCGCCCAUCCCCGAGUCCUCCUCCGACUACCUCCUGCCCAAGGACAUCAAACUGGCCGUGCUGGGCGCCGGCCGCGUGGGCAAGAGCGCAAUGAUUGUGCGCUUCCUGACCAAGAGAUUCAUUGGCGAUUAUGAGCCGAACACAGGCAAGUUGUACUCGCGGCUCGUGUGCGUGGAGGGAGACCAGCUCUCCCUGCAGAUCCAGGACACUCCCGGGGGCAUCCAGGUCCAAGACAGCCUCAGCCCGGCAGUCGACUCCCUGUCCAAGUGCGUGCAGUGGGCAGAGGGCUUCCUGCUGGUCUAUUCCAUCACGGACUAUGACAGCUACCUGUCCAUCCGCCCCCUGUACCAGCACAUCCGGAAGGUCCACCCCGACUCUAAAGCCCCCGUCAUCAUCGUGGGCAACAAGGGGGACCUUCUGCACGCCCGACAGGUGCAGACCUGUGACGGCAUCCAACUGGCCAACGAGCUGGGCAGCCUGUUCCUGGAAAUUUCCACCAGUGAAAACUACGAAGAUGUCUGUGAUGUGUUUCAGCAUCUGUGCAAAGAAGUGAGCAAGCUGCACAGCCUCGGUGGGGAGAGGAGGAGAGUCUCCAUCAUCCCCCGGCCACGUUCUCCCAACAUGCAGGACCUGAAGAGGCGCUUCAAGCAAGCUCUUUCCUCCAAGGCCAAGGCCCCCUCCACCCUGGGGUAGACCCAUCUGCACUGGAUGGACUCGUCCCCUUUUUAUCACGCAUUCAUGCAGCUGAGAAGACUGGGGGUCACCCUUUUUAAUCACACAUUCAGAGUUUAUUUUUAUACAAACUAUUAGUUUUCAAGUGUAUGUUUAUUUCUGAAAAUUCAAACGGUGAUUGCCUAGAAGUUGGAUAGUUGUUUUUUUAAUAAAAGAUUUUUUUAAAACUGUAACUGCUAGCCACUUUUCCAUUAAAGGCAAAUGGCAACAUUG